CCCCCUGAUCAUCUUCGUGGCCCUCCUCUGGACCCUCUCACAGACACGUUCAAACAGAACAUUUUCGUGGGACACUGAGGAAAAACGCGAGGAAAACCUGUUUGUUUUCAUUAUUUUUAUUACCAUUAUUACAAACGCACUCAGCGUACCGCCUUUCCGAGGCAGCACACUGAAGUGACGUCGGGGCGGGGCACACCCGUCAGGGGCCGCCCUGUGCGCGGGAAGGGCGGCACUCUUCGUCCCAGCCCCGCCACGGGGAGGGCGUUGCGCCGGGCCCUGCGCCUGCGCACUGCAACCAGCGACGCUAGCGCGGGCUGGCCGUUCGCUGCGGCGCGGGGCCCGCCAUGAGCUUCCUCAUCGAUUCCAGCAUCAUGGUCACCUCCCAGGUGCUCUUCUUUGGAUUCGGAUGGCUGUUCUUCAUGCGUAAACUCUUCAAGGAUUAUGAGGUGCGACAGUAUGUUGUCCAAGUCAUCUUCUCUGUGACUUUUGCCUUCUCUUGUACUAUGUUUGAACUCAUCAUCUUUGAGAUUUUGGGAGUGCUGAACAGCAGCUCUCGAUAUUUUCACUGGAAGCUGAACCUGUGUGUCAUUUUGCUCAUCCUAGUCUUCAUGGUACCCUUUUACAUCGGUUACUUUGUUGUGAGCAAUAUCAGAUUAUUGCACAGACAGAAACUGCUUUUUGCAUGUGUUCUGUGGCUGACAUUUAUGUAUUUCUUUUGGAAGCUGGGAGAUCCAUUUCCCAUCCUCAGCCCAAAACAUGGAAUCCUGUCUAUAGAGCAGCUCAUCAGCCGAGUGGGUGUGAUUGGGGUGACACUCAUGGCUUUGCUGUCAGGAUUUGGUGCUGUCAACUGUCCAUAUACUUACAUGUCCUACUUUCUCAGGAAUGUGACAGAUGCUGAUAUUCUUGCUUUGGAGCGACGACUUCUCCAGACUAUGGACAUGAUUAUUAGCAAGAAAAAAAGAAUAGCAGUGGCUCACAGGACAAUGUUCCAGAGAGGGGAAGUGCACAACAAACCUACUGGCUUCUGGGGAAUGAUAAAAAGUGUUACGACAUCUGUUGCAGGCAGUGAAAAUCUGUCUCUCAUCCAGCAAGAAGUGGAUGCCCUAGAAGAACUGAGCCGGCAGCUUUUUCUUGAAACUGCUGACCUCCAUGCAACAAAGGAAAGAAUAGAGUACUCCAAAACUUUCCAGGGAAAAUACUUCAAUUUUUUGGGUUACUUUUUCUCCAUCUAUUGUGUCUGGAAAAUCUUCAUGGCAACCAUCAAUAUUGUGUUUGACCGCGUGGGGAAGACGGAUCCAGUCACAAGAGGAAUUGAGAUCACUGUGAAUUAUUUGGGAAUCCAGUUUGAUGUGAAAUUCUGGUCUCAGCACAUUUCCUUUAUUCUUGUUGGAAUAAUCAUUGUCACUUCUAUCAGAGGCCUGUUAAUUACACUUACAAAGUUCUUCUAUGCCAUUUCCAGCAGCAAGUCCUCCAAUGUUAUUGUUCUGCUUUUAGCACAGAUCAUGGGUAUGUACUUUGUAUCAUCGGUGCUCCUGAUUCGAAUGAGUAUGCCUCUAGAGUACCGCACUAUUAUAACAGAAGUCCUGGGAGAGCUUCAGUUCAACUUCUAUCAUCGUUGGUUUGAUGUAAUAUUUCUAGUUAGUGCACUAUCCAGCAUCCUCUUUCUCUAUUUAGCACACAAACAAGCUCCAGAAAAGCAUAUGGCCCUCUAAGUAAGGACUGCAGACACACACUGCUCUCAUGUCCUUUCUGCUGGACUGUUGCAACUCCUGUGGACUGCAAAACUUGGAGAGCCAGGACAGUUCUGUGUGUUCAAGCAAUGUCACUGGCUCUCUGAACUUCCAUGUCUUUAUUCAAGCUCUGUGGCUCAUUUUAAGGUGCUACAGCUUGAAGGAAAGGGAAUGCACACAUUGCCAAGGAAUAAAGGGAAUUAAUGAUACACCAGUAUCUAAGGGACUGUAGGCUGUCUGAGGUAAGGUAUCUUGGAUUUAGAAGAACAUCUUCAGAGAAGGCAUCAAGCAAAUGUGAUUUUUCUUUUAAAAAGCAACUCAUAAUUGUGAUUCAGAGAAUGGUAAUUUUGGAGCUGAAUGUGGGAGUCUGUGGAAUUAAAUAAGCUUUUGUAAUACCUCAUGCAAGCAUCGCAGUUGUUUUUUGUCAGCUCAAAAUAUUUGUUUGCAAGUGAGCUGGAAUUUUCUACCUGGCAGAAGUGAAAUGGAGUGAAAUUGAGAGGAUAUCACUAGUGUGUGCUGUCCUUUUGAGCUGGAGCUUAGCUUUCUUGCUGAACCUCAACUUUAUUUCUUAUGUAAACAGAACUGAAGUUUUGGAUUCCUGUUUGCCAGAGUUCAGCAUGAAGUCAAAGAUAACAGUCAUGCUUUGUUUACCUUAUGUGUUAUAAAUGUAUUGACCUUAUAUGCUAUAAAUCUGGUGUUCCCCUCAACCUGUAUGUUCUUCUCCAGUAGCCUGUUUCCCCUUUCUGAUGUCAUUCAAGGCAUAAAAGUAAAUUUCAUUCAUGUGACUUGAACUUGUGGCUUCCCAUAGACACACUCCCAGGCUUUGUUUGUUACAAGAUUGUUCUGGAACAUAAAUCAUAGGUGGUAAGGCUAGGACCUGGGGAAAAAAAUAACCACUGAAAACAAUUUAAUUCUGUAUUGUCUUUGGUGUACAGGAAGGAGACAAAGCAUACAAUAGCAAUAUUGCAGAGCCAUUUAUAUAACAUCCAAGACAGUGUAGUGUUGACUUGGAAUUAGACAAACUGGCACAACUGAAUUACGCUUCUAACCACUAUGAUCCGCAAAUUUAGGCAGAGGAGAGAGAACAGUGCUUAAAGGUUUUAGGUUUUGAGUUAUGAAUUAUGAGGUUAACUUAAUGUUUGAAAGAAAUUUCUGCAGUGUUAGUGGAAGAAAGAAGUGUAUUGCACAGAGUAUAUUAGUUCAUGACAUAUCGUAGCGAUUGCACUGCCAUAAAUACAGCACAGAUCGUCACCUCCAGGAUUGUGUUAAUGGGUUUGGAUUAGAAGAACUGCCUCUCCUGGGAGAUGGUGAGAAAUCAGUUGGUCUUUAUUAAAUGCUCAUCCUUAAAAGGCUCAGAUACUUAGGAAUUUAUGAACUGUUUCCUCCCUGUGCUGCAGUAUACUUAACUAUGUACCUCUAAUUAUUAAAGCCUUUACAGUAGUAAGUGGCUUACUCCUCACUUUACAAGACAGAAAGCCUUGUACAGUGAAUGAAGUACAAUUGCAGCUUGUUAAGGGACUGCAGGAUACACUGAAGUGCUUAUUUCAGGCAGUGGCAUUUUAGCAAGACAUCAGAGUCCCUUACAGGUCUGGUACUUGUAUGGAUAGUCAAGUCCUGAAGUUGCAGUAGCAAAGUGUGAUUGAAGAAAGAGAAUUUGGAAGAUUUCUUUUUUGUUCUCGGCAUAGUCAGUCUCCUCAGAACCUUGUGUCAUCACUGCUGUCACUGCCUGCUCCUGCUGAGGCAGCUGAUUGUGAAGAGGAAGAUGAGCUUGCCUGCAGAGGAGUAACAAAUACGUUCUGGUUAUUUUUAGUUUGUAAACAUGCUGGUCUACAGUGUUAUGAAGGACUCCUGUUUUAAUCUGCACUAAUGAUAUACUUGUUUGGAUGGCAUAAUGAGCCAGUAAAUGUGACUUUUGUCAUUGAAGUGCUUUUUCGUUAGCAAUGGUAUAGAGACAAACAUGUUUAGUAGAAAUUUCCUAUUGUUUAAUUUCCGUAUCUGGUGAACUUGCACACAAAAGUAGUGCUAAUCUUCUGACAGAACUUUUGAAAAACCUGGCACUGGAUAUUUGCGGAUAAGGGUCAUGAAAAAUAGAUAGGAAGAUAGGAGGCAGUAUUGGUCUAAUUCUUCCUGUCUGUCUCUCUUGCAUGAUCAAAAAGAAGCAUUUCAGUACUUAAGGCUGACCACAAAGAAGGUUCAAAAUUACUGUUUCAAGAAAAAGUAUUUUGCUGCUCUUCUGAGUUCUGUCAUACUUCAGAUUCUUUUUACCAGUAUAACGUG